ACGUACCACCCAAAACACUGAUAAAAGUUUGAGAGCGCUGCUGGAGACAGCAGGGAAACCUUGGGCCCUCUGAAACAAGGCAAGGACUCUAUGAGAACAAUAGAAGGAGUCAGGUUGAGGGACAUAAAGAGACAGGGAGAGAAGGAACCUGCGGACUCUUCAAAGGCAGGGACCACCGUCUAUCGGAAAAUCAAGCAAGCUCUCAUUGGUCCAAGACCUAUCUCAACUAGUUAAAUUGGAAGCAGGGAACCUGUUUGUUCUGGACUGCUCCUUCGGCACUUUUAAGUCACCUGUCCUCGUCAUUGUAUCUAAGGAUAAAGACAUUCACGCACCGACAGGUUCCUGCCACUGUUUCUGGAGCAUGGCAGGCUGCUGAGCUUGAGUGGCAGUGUCAAGCAGGAGCUGUGUGUCUUGCCCAGUGGCAGGGAAGGUGUCCAUGGCUGCAGCCAACAGAGGCAAGCCCAGAGUCCGAAGUAUCCGCUUUGCAGCAGGCCAUGAUGCAGAAGGUUCCCAGAGCCAUGUCCACUUUGAUGAAAAGCUGCAUGACUCAGUGGUCAUGGUUACUCAGGAGAGUGAUAACAGCUUUCUAGUCAAGGUUGGCUUCCUGAAGAUCCAGCACAGAUAUGAGAUUACCUUCACUCUGCCUCCAGUGCGCAGGCUGAGCAGAGACAUCCGUGAGGCCCCUGUCCACAGCUUGCACCUCAGGCUCCUCAGUGUCACUCCUGUCCCUGAAGCAGGUUACAGCAUCAAGUGUGAGUACUCGGCACACAAAGAGGGUGUCCUCAAAGAGGAGAUGUUACUCGCCUGCGAAGGUGACACAGGCACCUGCGUGCGUGUGAUGGUGCAGGCACGGGUCAUGGACCGGCACCAUGGCACACCCAUGCUACUGGAUGGUGUCAAGUGUGUGGGCGCCGAGCUGGAGUACGACUCGGAACAGAGCGACUGGCACGGCUUCGACUGAGGCCUGGGCCCUGCCUGCCUGCCUGCCUGCCUGAGCCCCUGAGCCUUAAAUUCCUCCUGCUUCCCGACGUGCUGCGUGAUGGUGUGGCUUCCUCACCUCUCCCCUGGGUGGGCGUGGCAGGGCUAGACCUUGCUGGUGCCCCCCACUUCUGCCUUCAUUCCUGCCACCAUCCUGCCUCUCCUGUGGUCUCUUCUCCCACUUCCUCCUCUCCCAUGUGCCUGAGUCUCCUGACUGAAGAAAUGGGUUGAGUCCCAAGGAGACUCUCUGAGAGGAGGGACCUGGGUGGGGUUCUAGCUAGGGCCUGGGAGAGAGCGAGUGGCUCUGCCUCUCUGUGACACUGAUGCCCAUUGCUGCUGCUAUUGUCGCCUCCCGUCCACCUCUGCUGCCCUCCAUCGUCCCCACUGCUCUUCAUGUGGUGAGGAGGUACGGUUCCCAGUUCCUUCCCUCAGCUCUGUGGUACUUGGUUUUUAAAUGACUGGUUGGGAUAGAGACCUUAAUAAACAAAAGUUCCAGUAGA